GCCGUUCUCGGUAGGGGGCAGGCUCCCCAGUGCCUCCCCCUCCCUCCGCCCCAGCUCUGGGCUCAGACCUCGGAGCAAAAACAGGAGAUGAAAAAUGGCAAGUCCAGAUCCACCUGCACAGAAGAAACUAAAAGCUAAAAAGACUAUACCUACAAGUUGCCGGAAACAAAUACAUAUAGUGCAUAAAUCAGGAAAUACUGAGCCACUGAAAGCAGUACCUAAGAAUAAUGUACAUAGUGGAAAUCAGCAGCUAAGCACUGAUGUCAUGCAUAGGAAAAAUGAAAAUUCUAACAUGAAGUGUUUCUUAUUGGACUCAAGGAGAAAAAUAAUACUCCCUCAGGAAAAUGAAACAUUUCCUCAAGAUUUAGCAAAAUCACUAAAAACAGUAAAGAGCAACUCAGAGAUGAACUUUGUCAGUGAACGAGUUAUUGAUGCAAACAGGCCAGCUGAAACAGAAGAUUCUUGCAAGAAGCUUUCUGUACAAGACUCAAGUGACUCACAGCAAACUUCAUGUGGUUCUGAACACAAAACUAAUGAAAAAAGAUUUUCAUUUGAGCAAGCUAAGGUUGAUUUGAAUCUAAAACCAAAUAGUAGCUUAUCUGGCUCACUGAAUGAUUUAAUUGACAAGUCAGAUGAUAUAUUAGGCAGUCAUGUAGAAAAAGCUUUUAACAGUAUUGAGAAUGGUAAAGAAAAUAACCAGGUGGGUUCCAAGUUAGAAAUGACCUCACAGUCAGAAUCACAUGUUACACAGCAGAGUGAAGCCAUUUCAGUUAAAAGUUCAAAUUCUCAUCUUCUGGCUGACAAGGCAUCUGAUUUGAAAAGAUCAGUUCAGGCCAGGAAGGAUACAAGUGAUUUUUUGAAGACCCAAGCAUACAAUCAAACUGAUCAUUCAAGUACUUCAGACCGUGGAAGUACAGUCUCAGCAUGGCAUUCGUCACUUGACACUAAUAGCAGCACCUCAAAGAAAAGGGUACUUUCAGGAAAUAAAGAGAAUGUUAAGCGCAUGAAAACUUCAAAUGAAAUUAAUGAGAACAUCUGUGUUGUGGGAAAAGAAAGCUCAGUAUUUGAACAGGUUAAAUGCUUGAUUCAGCAGGAAGUCUGUGUUGUAAAUUACACAAUAUUUGACCAUAAGCUGAAGGAACUAAAUGAGCGAGUCGACAAGACCCAAUGCAGAAAAAAACACGAAGCAAUAGCUAUCGAACUUCUUAGAAAAAUAUCAAAACUUGAUAGAUGUAUUAAAGCUGCAUUAACAAGUAAGAGGAUUGGAUUAGAAUCAAAUAUGCCAGCCCAAAAUAUGGAUUGUAAGGUCAUAAAUUCAAAGACUGUCAUAUUGAAUAAGAAUCAGGGGGCUGAGAGGGAAAACCCAAGUAAGAAAUUGACUUCUUUGAAGAAUAAAUCAUCCAGACCUUCAGAAAUGUCUACUCAAGAAGCAAAGCAAAAGAAUAAUUUGACUUCAGAUCGUGUCAAAGUUGUAUCUGAAAGUAACAAUGCUGAUGUUGUGCUGAUUUCUGAGGAAAAUAGUAUUUUGAAAGCUCCAGUAACAAGGACAACAGAUGUUGAAAAAAUGGUAUUGGCAAAUUCAAAUGAUUCACUUGGUUCUAAAACUAAAUCAAAGGCUUCAGGAGAAAAAACGAAAGUUGAGCAUUUCGUGAUUGACCUGACAGAAGAAGCCAACUUAAAUUGUAAAACAGCAACUUCAGUGGAAGUCCUGGAAUUGCCUGUGGCAACCAAUGAAAACUUGAAGAAGAAGAACUUACUGGUACAAGAUUCAACACAGGUCGUGGAAUCAUUUGAGCACCUUCCUUCACUACCAGAGCCACACCAGCACCCUGUUCUCACAGGGUCCAACGACUCUCUUCCUCCCCAGAAGUUUGAGCUAAGACUAAAACGGGUACUUAAGCCAAAAGGCAUAGCAUUGACUUGGAACACUUCUCAUAUUAAUCCCAGGUGUGCCCCUGUUGAAAGCUAUCACCUUUACGUAUGCCACGGUAACACUAGCAAGAGCAAAACAACUUGGAAGAAAAUCGGAGAAAUUAAAGCUUUACCUCUCCCGAUGGCAUGUUCUUUAUCUCAGUUCUUGUCUUCUGGCACAUAUUAUUUUACUCUACAAGCAAAAGAUAUUUAUGGACGGUAUGGACCUUUUUGUGAUAUCAAAUACAUCCACGGACUCUCUGAAGAUAAUAUUAAAGAAUCACAAGUCCUUCCUACUUAAAUGUUUCAUAAGAAGCUAGGCCAUUUCACAUCUAAGUUGUUUGUUCUUAUACAUUAAUAUUCUAGUGGCAGCUAAAAGUGUACGUGGUAUUUAACUGGCCAGUUCUUAAUUGUGAACCCUCCAUACUACGAAUUAACUUCUCCAGUGCUUUGUAAAGGGCUCAGUCUGUGACUGAUAUUCAGUAGUGCAUCUUCUAAGAGGGGAACAUGACACGUGAGGAAUAUGUUCAAGAUAAUGCCUUUCUCUUUGUUGGUAGUGUUUAGUGAGAUAUAUAUAUGUAUAUGUGUGUGUGUAUAUAUAAUAUAUAUAUAUACACAUACAUACAUACAUAUAUAUAUAUAUAAAUAAAAGAGUUGACCAGUUCAGAAAAAUGUUUAGUCAUGUAAUUAAAAUAGAGCUUCCUAAAAGGCAUUUCCAUUAAAGGGGUUUUUUUUCAAAUGCAUUUAUAUUCCAUGGAGUGCUACUUUUUGUUUUAUGUGCUGAAUAUAUGUUAAACUUUUUUUUUUUGGCUGUGCUGUAAUUAUAUCAGAAAAUUGUCUGGAGGGUUGGUUUGGUAAACUCAGGCAGCUAAAUAGAGGGGUAGCCAAAGCACUGAACUACAUGAACCAAAAUCCAGUGUCAUAAGUUUCUCCUUGCCCCUCAACAAACUCUUCCUGAGCACAAACGAAGGGCAGUACAGAAUUCCACACUUCAUUUAUGCUGUAAGAGGCAGAAUCUGAUUUUGCAUCCUCACUGCUGCUUGUAUCCUACUGGUCCGUGCUGUAUGGGGCAUGGAGAGACUUGACCAGAUCACCUCCCUUCACUUCUGUUUCAUACCCAGUCCAAGUAUACAACCUGGGCUUCCCAGCUCUGUAUUUGCCUUGGCCCUCACUGACCCAGUCACUUACAAAUGCUACGGGAAGUUACUCAGAAAACCAGACUGACUCCCAGAAUGCACUCAGCAAUUCUUUCAAGUUAUGGUGCUCAAUACUCAGAGUCAUGUCCUUAAACCAAAGACCAACAUCAGUUCUGAGGCUACUUCCUAAUGUUCCUAAAUUCCCCUGUAGAAUUAUAGGCACCAUCUUGUUGCAGCCUCUCAUGUACAAUUAUUUUUUCCUCUUCUCUUAGCUCCAUACCAUCCCAAGCUCCUAAUAAAUAGUACUACUCAUUGAUUCAUUCA